AUGGCUGAAGAGAUCUACGACGGUGCGAUCGGUAUCGAUCUUGGCACCACCUACUCUUGCGUUGCCAACUAUGAGGGUACCAACGUUGAGAUCAUUGCCAACGAGCAAGGAUCUUUCACCACUCCUUCAUUCGUCAGUUUCACAGACAAGGAGCGUUUGAUCGGAGAGUCCGCAAAGAACCAGGCUGCUAUGAACCCAAGAAAUACCAUCUUCGACAUCAAGCGUCUGAUCGGUCGCCGCUUCGAUGACCCAACGGUCAAGAAGGAUAUCGAGUCAUGGCCAUUCAAGGUCGUUGACCAGGAGGGUUCCCCAAUGGUAGAGGUGGAGUAUUUGGGGGAGAACAAGAUUUUCUCACCCCAGGAAAUCUCCUCCAUGGUUUUGACCAAGAUGAAGGAAGUCGCCGAAGUCAAGUUGGGCAAGAAGGUUGCUAAGGCCGUUAUCACUGUCCCCGCCUACUUCAACGACAACCAGCGUCAAGCUACCAAGGAUGCCGGAGCCAUUGCCGGUCUCAACGUCCUCCGUAUCAUCAACGAGCCUACCGCCGCUGCUAUUGCCUACGGUCUCGGUGCCGGAAAGUCCAACAAGGAGCGAAACGUCUUGAUCUAUGAUCUCGGUGGUGGAACUUUCGAUGUUUCCCUUCUCAACAUCCAGGGUGGUGUUUUCACCGUUAAGGCCACCGCGGGAGACACACAUUUAGGCGGACAAGACUUCGACACGAACUUGCUUGAUCACUUCAAGAAGGAAUUCACGAGAAAGACCAAGAAGGAUCUGUCUGGUGACCCACGUGCCUUGAGACGUCUCCGUACCGCUUGUGAGCGUGCCAAGAGAACUCUCUCCAACGGUGCCCAAACCACUGUCGAAAUCGACUCCCUCUUCGAUGGUGAGGAUUUCAAUGCCCAGAUUACCCGUGCCCGUUUCGAGGAUCUCAACUCCAAGGCCUUCAAUGGCACUUUGGACCCAGUUGCCCAGGUUCUCAAGGAUGCCAACAUCGACAAGAGCAAGGUUGACGAGAUUGUGCUUGUUGGUGGAUCUACACGUAUUCCAAAGAUCCAGAAGCUCUUGAGCGACUUCUUUGAUGGGAAGAAGCUUGAGAAGAGCAUCAACCCCGACGAGGCCGUCGCAUACGGUGCAGCAGUCCAGGCCGGAAUUCUGUCAGGAAAGGCCACCUCUGCCGAUACCGCCGAUCUUUUGUUGCUCGACGUUGUACCUCUCUCAUUGGGUGUUGCCAUGGAGGGUAACAUCUUUGCCCCAGUCGUCCCACGUGGACAAACAGUCCCAACCAUCAAGAAGAGAACUUUCACCACUGUCGCCGAUAACCAACAGACAGUGCAAUUUCCCGUAUUCCAGGGUGAGCGUGUCAACUGCGAGGACAACACCUCCCUCGGAGAGUUCACCUUGGCUCCUAUCCCACCGAUGAAGGCCGGAGAUGCGGUUCUCGAGGUCGUUUUCGAAGUCGACGUCAACGGUAUCCUGAAGGUCACUGCCACUGAAAAGACCUCAGGACGCAGUGCCAACAUCACCAUCUCCAACUCUGUUGGCAAGCUGUCCUCGGGUGAAAUCGAGAGCAUGAUCAACGAUGCCGAGAAGUUCAAGAACAGUGACGAGGCUUUCAGCAAGAAGUUCGAGGCAAGACAGCAACUUGAGUCAUACAUCUCGAGAGUUGAGGAGAUCGUUUCCGACCCAACAAUGUCCCUCAAGCUCAAGCGUGGAACCAAGGAAAAGAUUGAGUCUGCUCUUAGCGACGCCAUGGCUCAACUUGAGAUUGAGGAUUCCACCUCUGAUGACUUGAAGAAGAAGGAGUUGGCCCUGAAGCGCGUUGUCACGAAGGCUAUGUCUACCCGCUAG